GGGAUCACUUAAAUUACAGUUUCCUUUUAGAGACUGAGUCAGGGACGACAGACGAGGGAAAAAGAGGGAAACAGGAACAGUGUCGUUCUGCGUCUGUACAUUUCGUAUCUUUUCUCACUCUGGAAGGAUGACUCUUGUACCUACAAGCAUUCCAGACCUCAGCACCACAGCUUUAUAUGGAUAUCAAAACCAAACCAAUGUCACACAAUGUCCUGAACACGGCUGGGAUUGGCUCACCGCCAGCCAGCCAGUGUAUAUCCUGAUCCUCACCGUGCUGGGAGUUGUGCUGAACGUAUUUGUCCUGUUGGUGUUCUGUCUCCACAAGAAGCCCUGCACCGUGGCUGAGAUCUACCUGAGCAACCUGGCCGCUGCCGACCUCCUCCUGUUGUCCUGUCUGCCCUUCUGGGCCAUCAAUCUAGCCAACGAUUUCAAUUGGCCAUUUGGUCUGUUCAUGUGCAAAGUUGUCAACCUGGGCAUUCAGAUGAACGUCUACUCUAGCAUUUACUUCCUUGUUCUGGUGAGCAUAGAUCGCUAUCUGGCACUGGUACAUCCGUUGUCCCAUGGGAGAAUGCGCAGGCCCAAGUAUGCAAAGCUGGGCUGUCUGCUGAUUUGGAGUUUCGGAUUGAUCAUGGGCGUCCCAACAAUCGCCUUCCGCAAGUUGAAAUAUUUCCCUGAGUAUGAUGUAAAUGCCUGCUAUCUGGAAUACCCAAACUACACCACGGAAAUGCUCUGUGAGAGGAUGAUGAUCAUUUUUAGCUUCGUCGUCCCAAUUUGCAUCAUCUCAUUCUGCGCUUUCAAAAUUAUUCGGACGUUAAGAGUCCACAGUGUGGAAAGGUUCAGCGCUGAGAAAACAGAGCAGAAGGCCACCACUUUGAUCCUGGCCGUCCUCCUUGCCUUCCUCGUCUGCUGGGUACCGUUCCACCUGGUCACCGUGCUGGACCUGCUCCAAAGAGAGGAGGUCCUGGGAGGUUGUCACUUUACGAACGUCCUGGACAUUUUGCACCAGAUCUCCACCUACCUGGCCUUUUUCAAUAGUGUCCUCAACCCCAUCCUCUAUGUCAUCGUAGGAAAGAACUUCAGGAAAAAAGUCGGGGAAGUCUUCAAGCAGUGGAACAUCAGGAGGAGAGCUACCAUGGAGUCCACAAGCUCCAGACUGUCCUGUACUCUGAAGACUGUGAGAUAAAGAGUGGCUGUUGCACUGUUCCAAGAACAAUAAGCAGAGACUGUGUAAAAUAAUAAUCAAAAUCCCGAUCAAAAUGAUUCAUAUGAUGAGCUAAAUUCUUCAGUGGAAAUGAUUGUGUAAUAAUGUGACUAAAUAACUUUUCCGCAAGUCAUUCUAUGAGGAGAUUCUUUCAGGAAAUGUGAUCAUUUGGUCAUAUGGGGCUGAAUUGUUGUCUCCUGGAGAGGGUGUAACAGAUUACUCACAAAGGCGUCUCAAGCAUGCUGAAUAAUUAUGUA